AUGGACAGAAAAUCGUUUGCAAAUGAAAAAAAUGAGCAAAAUCAUUCACAAUUCCCAAACAAUUUAGGAAGCCCAAUGAAUAUUAACAACUCCUUAAAUUUGAAUAAUAAUUUAUCAUUUGAUAAAAAUGAUCUGACCAUUUAUUUUAGCAGUUUUCUUAAUAAAACAAACCACCCAUAUGUAUGUUUUGCCCAUGUUUUUUUUAAGUCCCUUUCCCUAUCAAUAUACUUCAUAGGACCCUUCCUAUUUAGAAAUGAAAAAUCGCAUGAACAUGAUUUUAUUAUCACAUUUGCAAUUACCUUAUUUUUAGUUUCAUUGGAUUUUUAUUUAGUUAAAAAUAUAACUGGAAGAUUCCUUGUGAAGAUGAUAUGGUGGAUCGAUUCAAACGAAGAUUACUCCAGCAAAAUAAUUUUCAGAUCAUCCGAAGAAAACUUGCUAAAUAGUACAGAUAAAAAUAUUUUUUGGUAUACACUAUAUGCAAAUUUUUUGAUAUGGUUAAUACAGACAAUACAGAUGUUAAUAUCAUUUCAAUUUUGUUGGCUUUUGUUAUGUCUUCUUUGUUUAUUUUUGUCUUUUUACAACAUAUAUAAUUUUUGGAAAUGUUCCAAAGAGCAGCAUAAAAUUGUUGGUAGUCUUUUAAGCAAUGUAAAUAUAAAUUAUCUCUAUAAUAAGAUAUUUAGUGGCUAG